CCCUUGCUCGGGCCGCUACCUCCUGCUCACCCUUUGACCCUUCUCAGGCGGUCGAUGCUUGUGUGUCUGUGGCGGCCUUGUGAGUUGCUGUUGGACUCUUCCUCCAAGAUCUGAAUCUCGGAUCUCUGCUGCUGACCAGCUGCCAGCGACCACCAUCUGCCAAGCGAGCAAGCUACUCUCGGGCGAGCUAGUGCUACUAGAAGCUAGCUAGAAUAGACUACGACACUCGGGAGGCCCAAUACGGCCCUCGAAUGCGCAGCGAGGAUGGCUCGCGCCAAAGUCUGCUGAGAAGCUCACAAGAUGAUGCUGCUGAAAUAGACGCCGACCAGCUGGAUGACUCGGCCGGUGCGCCGCUGCUUGAUGAUGCUCAAUCAUCACCUGAACUACCAGCAUGGGACGGCAAAUCAGCUAUUGCUUUUGCGCUCCUGGGCGCAGGUAUGCUCUGGCCCUUCAAUGCCUUCAUUACUGCAAACGCCUAUUUCAGCAAGCUGUUUUCUCAUGAUCCCUGGCUCCUCAAGCACUUUAGUUCCUCCAUCACCUUCCUCUUCACGCUGAUGAAUCUCGUGAGUGUUUUUCACACAACGGCCACCGUCAAGAGCGGAAAUGCACACAAAAGGAUACGCUAUUCAACCUUGACUCUUUGUGUUGUCCUUGCGCUGCUUGCUAUUUUGAGCACGCUUAAGAUCCCUGCAAGGGUCUACUUUGGCUUGAUGCUGCUUCUUGUCGCUAUAUGCGGCUCAAUGAUUGGCGCCUUGCAGAAUGGCACAUUUGGCAUUGUUGGUCAGUAUGGAAGUGGCUACGUCCCAUACAUCAUGAUUGGUCAGGCCGUCGCAGGUGUUACACCGGCUGUCUUGACCCUGCUUGUAGAUGCAGUAGCAGAUCAACGCAGCAAGAAGGCAGCCAUGCAACGAGCCUUCUCGUACUUUUUGUCAUCUAGCCUGAUUCUUGCUUCAGCCCACUUUGCCCACCUGUAUCUGGUAUCUCGUCAAGGCUCAUCAAUGGCAGUCAAAAGUGAUGCUGACCACGCACAACCACUCGCAGAUGCCAGACGCAUCCUUCGAACGAGCUAUCCGUGGGCGGUCUUUACUGUCUUUGCAGUAAGUCUCAGUGUUUUUCCAGCAGUCACUGCAACGGUGUCGUCUGUCACUCCCGUCAAACGCGAUUUGACCAUUGCGCUCGGAUUUGUGCUCUGGAACACAGGUGAUCUCCUUGGACGCAUUCUGAGCGGUUUAACGGUGUUCAGCAUCAAAAAUGGCAGGAUGCUUUUGGUUAUGUCCGUGGCUAGAUUGGUGUUUGUGCCAGGCUUGUACCUGUGCAACGUCGGGGGUCAAGGCGCAGUCAUCUCAAGCAACACCUUUUUCCUUGCUUAUAUGCUGCUCUUUGGUCUGACAAACGGCUACGUGGCUUCUUUAUGCAUGGGCGGUGCUAUUGAAAAUGCUAAAGACGAGGACAAGGAUACGAUGGGUGCAGUCAUGCAGCUUGCUCAGCUUUCUCGCACCAGUAUGAAGCCUCGUCAUAUCCGCUCUGACUUUUCUCACCACAUGUUGCAUACUAUGUGCGUGCCCUUCUUGGCGUACUGGUCGUGGCGGUCAGUGGGCGUGGUCUGUGCUGCCCCUGGGUUGUGGAGUCCAUACUCCAAGGACACCCAGGACACCCAGGACUACACAGUACAGAGACACAUCAUGCUCUCCCUUUCUACUCUCAUUUGCGCUACGCUGCUCUCCCUCGCUGCAGGUCAAACAACUACUGCACCCACACGCGAUCCUGCCGCCGAGAUCAACGCAGCAAUUGCAGCACAGUCAUCCGCAGAAGCUGCCAUCAUUGCGCUUCGUUCACAAGGUCUCAGUGACAACUCUGCUGCCGUACAGUCGCUCCUCCAGCUGCAAACAAGCAUCAUUGUCAGUGGUCUCCAUCUAGGCUCACAGACUGUUGCUGGUGUGACGGGUGCUGCAACGCUCAACCCAGCUGCACCUACACAGACUCCCUCAGUGGCACACGCUAACACAAAGACUGAUGCAACCACUUCUAUGACCAUUCAAGCUGCUGGUCCGUUCUCCAACGUCUCUUCUGCUGUCACUGUAGCUGCCUCUGGUGCCAGUGCAGUGCGUACUAUCACCUCGCCAGCUGCGAGUGGCUCUCUGCGUCCCUUCCUCAGUCUCCUCCCGCCAGCAUCGCGCGCGUCAGGAUCCGCGUCUGCAUUCAGCUCAGAGACUUCUUCAUCAGGUGCAACAGGUCUCGCAAGUGGACAGCAAGUCGUGAGCGGUCUCGUUGCCUUAUCGGCACUCGCUAUCGGUGCUCUCUUGGUUCUCUAG